AAAACAUAUGCCACAAUAGACUACUCCCACCAUGUUCCCUGGGACAGAGCGAGAAAUGGUGAAGAUGUCCUGAGCAAUUGAUGUGUAAGUCUCUGUCCAGGAUGAGCGUACUUGGGGACGGUGGUGAGUUCACAGUCCUUAUUCCUCCACCUUGGGCAGGCUUCAUCCCCAUCUCCUCGUAAUCAUCCUCUCUUCCCUACAAACAUGGCCGACAAGAGGGAGCCGCCAUUUUUCAACGACAAUAACCUAGGGGUUGUCAAUUAUAAACUGCCCUUCUAUGAGACCAUGGAGCUGUUCAUAGAGACUCUGACAGGGACCUGCUUCCAGCUGCGGGUCUCCCCGUUUGAGACAAUUAUUUCUGUAAAAGCCAAGAUUCAGAGACUGGAAGGGAUCCCUGUUGCUCAGCAGCAUUUGAUCUGGAACAGCUUGGAACUUGACGAUGAGUACUGUUUGAAUGACUACAGCAUCGCAGAAGGUUGCACUCUCAAGCUGGUCCUUGCCAUGAGGGGUGGGCCUAUCAACACCAAACGAGUGACCAUUGAGAACUCUGUGAAAGAUACCUCUGACUGCUCGGAUUCAAAGAGGGACGAGGUGUGGGAAAAGUCUCUGCCUAAUAAGCAGGUCACUUUUCUGGUGUACAAAGAUGGUGACCAGCUCAAUGUCUUCCGGGUUGUAGACCAUGCAGACGAUACUCUGACACCUGUGUCUAAGUCACUAAGCAAUGGUUCAGUGCACAAUGUGUACGCUGAGGAAGAAGAGGAGGGUAUUAGUCUUUCCUCUGCACAGCUGAUGCUGGAAAAUUCCAUCACUAUGAACAAGAUGAAGCUCCUCAAAGCCAAGAUGGAGAAUAUGAAUCUCAAUAAAAAGCCUAAGAAAUCCACCAAGCUGAGAGUUAGGCCUCCGGGUGCUUCACGUCCUUUCUGUGGCUCACUUAGCUCUGCACGCCACCACCGAAUGCUCCGUACCCUUCCACAGACUGGUCCCAUUUCUUCAACACAGCUACCUCCGAUUGGUGAUCAGCAGCCAUCUUUCUCUGAAGCUGCCCCACCAUUCACGAGUCACCCAAGUCCUGUCUCUGGUAGAGCUAUUUCAUCACGGAUAACUUCAAACAAAUACCUACUUCAUGAAGAAGAGCCUUGGAGUAUUCCCACGCCCAGGAGCAUUAGGUUACCUCCUAAAGUGUCCAGGCUGGACGUGGGUGGGCCGAAGGCUUUAACAGACUGUUUGUACCCACCGCUCUCCGUCCUGUCUGGUCAGGAAGUUGAAGAUGAGCCGGAGAUACAGAGUGACAGACUAAUAGUACCUGAAAACAGAGCUAUGAUGGAGCCUUCCAAACCCAUUCUGUUUAAUAGCCUGCUUCCAGAGCCGCUGAGUCUGGAUGUUUCCGCUCAGCCGGAGGCUAGUCUGGACACUUUAGGAGCUGUGAACGAGUCUGUGACUGCAACUCCACUGCUCUCUCAAGUUGUGAGCUCCGACUCCAUUAGCACAUGGUCAGUAGGUGCUAAGACACUACAGUCGCAAUCUGACAGAACUGCACUGAACUCGCUACACACUCCUCCACACGUGCCUCGACCUUUCACAGAUUUUACCGGAGAAGUGUCUCGUUCCUUCCUCGGCUCCAACAGAGGGCCUACCAUUCCACCGUGCCCACUACAGACCCCUUCUCUCCAUGCCAUCAGGGUGGACUCACCUGGCAAACAGUCUGACAGGGUAUGCAAGAUCGAGGCACAGGAGGUUACCAACAUGGCCAACAUCUCUUCCAGGGAGCUUUCAGGCUGUGUGAGCAACAUCAGUGAAAAUCUAGCAAGGCCUUAUGAUCUGACUAAAUUGUGUGGCACAAAUGCUCCAUUGCAUGCCAACAUUCAUCAGCUACAGGAGGAUCUGCUACAGAGAAUAGUUCCCCUGCAGAGAUCAACAUACAUGCCGUCACACAUCCCGGACUCGAGUGGACCCGCCAGUUCAAUAAAGAGACUAGGCUCCCCGACAUAUCACCUCCCUCCUGUGAAGGCCCCCCUGAGCUCAAAGAAGAAAGCUUCGAAACACUGCUUCCUAUGUGGGAAGAAGACUGGGCUAGCCACCAGCUAUGAAUGCAGGUGUGGCAACAACUUCUGCUCUACACAUCGCUAUGCAGAGACCCACAGCUGCACAUAUGACUACAAAAGUGCAGGACGCCGCUUCCUACAAAAGUCUAAUCCCAUCAUCAGUGCACCAAAACUGCCCAAAAUAUGAAGAAAAUAAAUUAAGAGGGAAAAUGAAAUGCAAAUGAAAGCAUGAUUCAAUAACCAAGAACUAAACCAGCAAUGUGCUUUUAUCACAAUGUUUGCUUCAUGGCAAGGUUGUUUUUAAAGAAAUUAUUUUGCAAAAGAAAUGUGAAUUUGUUUCUUUUUUUGUCUUCACGCAUAAGAUGAAAGUGGAAAUGUUGUCGAGAAAUUUUGAUCGCAACAAAUUGAUAAUAUGUAUAGAAUUAUGGUAUAUUUCUCUUUGUUUCUUAAAAUGUAAACAGCUUCAUGAGACAAGUCUUUGCAAGAUGCACUUUAUUAGGACUAAUGACGUCACAUCUUUUUCAAAUUUUGUUCUCUUCAAAUUGGUCCAUUUUAGGUAGGACUACAGCAUUUCAAUGAAGAUAUCACACCAGGUACUGCACAUACAUAACACUAAAGAUAUAUCUUAUAGGGGUUUCACUUUAAAUGGAAGUUUGCAAGUUGUAUUUUGUAAGCUAUAAACACUACUAUGCAGUAUGGCCACGUAGCAUAUUCAUAAUUUCGAGAAGGGCUUGGUAGGACGAUAUGAACACAAACCUGAGUUGCCAUCCUAAAGGUUUCUUUCUGUAUUUUGAUGUUUCUUUUUUCUUUUCUUUUUUUUUAAUCGCACACCACCAUGAACAGAAGUUAAAUGUUCAGUAUUUAUUUGGGAAUUAAACUAAUAAACAAAU